UUCAGCCUCAUUUCUGACUACCUGGGCAUCAUUCUGCGAAGGAUGCUGCUUUAGUUUGUGGAAUCGGAUAUGCUUACUGAUGCCAAAGCAUAGUUGUACUCCUGAGGUUAUGGAUUACGAUAAAAGGGAGGCAUUCAGGGCUAAGGAACUUGCAGAGUAUAACCUCAUAGCAAAAGAUUAUGCUAGUGCGAAGAAGUUUGCUUUGAAGGCUCAGAAGUUGUGUCCCCAGCUUGAGGGUCUAUCUAAACUGUUGACGAUAAUAGAUAUUUAUAUCUGUGGAGAAAACAAAAGUGUUGGAGAAGCGGAUUGGUAUGGAGUACUUGGUGUGAUUCCUUAUGCCAAGUAUGCAUUAAUUAGGAAACAGUAUCUGAAGUUGGCGUUGAUGCUUCAUCCUGAUAAAAACAAGUCUGCUGGUUCAGAAGGCGCAUAUAAGCUGGUUUUAGAGGCAUGGAACUUGUUAUCGGAUAAAGCGAAGAGGGAAGCAUAUGAGAGACAGACACUCAACCACAGCAAGGGCUGGGAAGAAUCUGGGCAGGGAGCUCUAACCCAUUCUGGGGGUCCGUUGAAACAACCUGGUGCAAAUUCCUUUCAAAAUGUUACAUAUAGUGCAACUUCUGGGGGUUUUUUGAAACAACCUGGUGAAAAACCUACUACUUUCUGGACCAUUUGCAAUCCCUGCCGCACAUAUUAUCAGUAUCUCAGGAUUUAUCAAAAUCAUACUCUCAUGUGCCCUACAUGUCAGAAAGGGUUUUGUGCUACAGAAACUGCUCCGCCUCGCGGUAUUUCUGAGUCAUCUAGUAGUUCUUCUUGCCAGGAACAUCACACUACAAGACGCCACGGUUCUGCUAGUGGUAAACCAUUUAAUUCUGGAAGCAACAAUGCUUUAGCUCAAAAUUUGGGAAAUAAGGGGUCUUUAGCUUCUAAAUCAGUGAAUAAGACAGCCUUCCAACAGGGCCCUUUCUCUAAGAUGACUAGUCGUGGUGGCACGGUUUCAUCAGGUUGUGCUGCAGCUGUAAGUGUGGCUCAGCUGGCAAAUGAGGAAGUGAAGAGACAAUCAAUUGCUGAUUGGGAGAGGAAUCAACGGUUAAUGGGAAAUUCUUUAUUCAAAAGGAAAGUAAUUGAAGAUAAACAUCUGAAUGGUUGCGAAGGAUACAUGGCUAAUAAGACCGCUGUAGGAAAUGAUGAAGCUGACUUAGGAGGUGUAUCUGAAUCAGGUACAGGUAAUGUCGGCACAAAAAGGAUUUACGGUUUCUCUAGCAUAGAUAACAUGCCUAAUAGCACGAGGGAGUUAUCCUAUCGUGAAAUGCAAAACAUGCUGAUUAAGAAGGCACGAACUGAUAUUUCCAAGAUGCUGAAGGAGCUGAGCUCAGCUACUGAAUCAAAGAAACGAGGGGAGUUGAGAGUAGAUAAGAAACAGAAGAGUGUGGUAUGUGCUGGGACAGAUAUAAACAGUGAUGAGGUUGAUGAUGCCGGGGUAUCAAUCUUAACUAAUGUCCCUGAUCCUGAUUUUCAUAAUUUUGACUCGGAUCGAACUGAAAGGUCAUUUCAAGAGGAACAAGUCUGGGCUGCAUAUGAUGGUGAUGGGAUGCCACGUUAUUAUGCUCGUAUUCAGAAUGUGAUCUCCAGGAAGCCAUUUAAAUUGUGUAUCAGCUGGCUUAAUUCAAGAAGCAACUCUGAAUUGGGUUCAUUGGACUGGAUAUGUUCUGGUUUCGCUAAAACCUGUGGGGAUUUUAGGCCUGGCAAACGUCAAACUUCGAAAACUUUGAAUUCUUUCUCCACGAAGGUGAGUUGGAAAAAAGUUGCACAUGGAAUGAUUCGUGUAUUUCCUGGAAAGAGGGAAGUAUGGGCUCUAUAUAGAAACUGGUCCGCUGACUGGAAUCAGCAUACCCCUGGUGAAGUAAUUAACAAAUAUGAGAUGGUGGAAGUGCUGGACGACUUUACUGAGAAACAUGGUGUGUCUGUUGUUCCGCUAAUUAAGGUUGCUGGUUUCAGAACAGUGUUCCAAAAGCAAAUGGACCCGAAGGCAGUGAGGAGGAUUCCUAAAGAAGAGAUGUUUCGGUUCUCGCAUAUUGUCCCCAGUCACUUGCUAACAGGUGAAGAAGCUCAUAAUGCUCCAAAGGGUUGCUUUGAAUUGGAUCCAGCAGCUAUCCCUUUGCACCUCCUUGAGGUGAUAACAGAAGAUAAUCAAGCACCAGUGGCAGAGAAUGUUGGAAAAACAAAACAAGAGUUGUUUCAAAGUGCCUUGACAACAGAACUAGAUGCAGGGAUGAUUCGGAUGGAAGAAAGGGAGAUUUCAGAAAGCGGAGGAGAAACAAUGGUGGUAGGUGACAGUGCAUACCUAGUUGGCCUAGGAAACUGA